AUGUCUUGCCAUGGCUUAGAUGAUUGCUCUCUGUGGGUUGCUCCGAUCAAAUCAUUCCGGGUUUGUUUCUCUUUUGGUUUGAUGGUUUCUUUGGUGGCUAGUUGUCGUAGGUGUCUCCCUGUUCAUGAUUGGGCUCGCUUAUGGCCGGUGAUGGCUCGCGGUGACCUUUCAUCCUCCUUAGGCUAG